GUUUUUUUCUUCUUCUGUUCCUCAAGCACUCCAAGGUCCUUCAUUCACAUUCAUGUAAAGCAACGUGCUUCGUAAUUUUUUAACGUUCGUGUAGUUUAAAUUCGUUAUUUUUUGUAUACAGUAAUCGUUAAUUAAGCUUUAAAAAUACCCUCAAAAUGCCGCGCUUAACAAAAUUAAAGUCGGAAGACGAAAUAGCAGCUUCCCCAGUAAGGAGGUCUACCCGAAUACAUUCUCAAACAGAAAAUAAACUAGAAACACCAAAAGAAGCUGCGACUACUAAUAACCCGGGUUCUACGAAGAGAAUACAAGCCCGUCGUACUUCGAACACUACAGAAAACAAAGCAACACCAACAGGCAGAAAGACUUCGAUAUCUUCGGAUGAUUCGCAAGCACAACCCACUCCGCGAACUCGUACGAGAUCAGCAUCUAAAGAAAAUACACCUAUUAAGACUGUUGCAGCUCGUGCGACUGUAUCGAGAGAAGGAACUCCGGUAAAGGCCAUAAAAUCGACCGAUAACAAGCCAAUGCGAAUCACCAGACUGAGAAGGUCGGCUUCCGUUGAUCAAGAAACCGAGGUCAUCACAAGAGUAACGAGGAGUAGAAGGAAUUCAAUGGACGUCGAGGUGGCUGCGUUGCCUCAAAACGAACCCUCUGCGCUCGAAAGUAAUGGCUCACCCGAUCAAGCAAACUUGAAUCUUAGUAUAAUCCAAGAAAGCAGCUUCAACGAGGCGGAAGAAGAGAAAAAUUCAACCAGCAAAAGUACUAGUCCUAAUAAGGAAGAUAAUAAUAAAAACCAAUCGAGCGAUGAUAUUAAAAAUCAACUCAGAAUUGUAGUGGAUAAAUUAGAGACUUCCCUGUCGCCCAGGAGAUCGCCGAGACUGGUAAAGUGCAGCGGGAAAAGUCCUUGUUAUAAAAAAUGCAAUUGCAACGGGACCGAAAGCGCGACUGCUCCGUCCAGUUCCGUUACCCCGGCGCAGGAAUUGAACGAUUCCAAAUCCAGCAUCGGCAGCGAUAAGGAAAAUGUGAGUCAAAACCUCAAGGAACGCUCCUUAAGCAACUCCCCCAUUUCAGAUAAGAGCGUCCUGAGAGUGGUGCCGAUCGAAACUACUGCGAAAAGAUUGACCAACGUAUUCACUCCCAAAGGAAUUCGGUACAGUUUCAACGAACCGAUGGAUCUCGAUGUAACCUUGAGCACGCCGAAAUUCAAUAAAUCGCUAUGCGAAGACAACCUGAGCGAAGACGAAUCGAUCCACUUGGUGUUGCCGGAAAAGGAGCAAGAUGUAUCUAAGAUAGUCAACGAUUCUAAAAUAAGUACAAAAGAAGAUGAAACUAAAAAGUCUCUCGAUAUUAGUACUUUGAAAGAGAAGACAUUAUCACCAGAAAUUACGACAGAGAAGCUCGAUACAUCGACCAAAACAAGCACAGUUUUAUUCGAGGAAAAAUCUAAUGAUUCAGAGGAAUGUGCCAAACAAGUGAUCGAAUUACUUAAUAAAUCGCUCAAUUCUUCAAAACAGUUAGAUGAUGAAAGUGAACAAAAAAUUGAAGAUACAAACAAAGUAGAGGAACCACUUACAGCAAUAGAAUCCGAUGUAAAAUCGAAUGUAGGAGAUUCUAUAACGAUCGAAGAACAAGAAAAUGAAGCCGUUAAAGAGGAAUCUCGAGCUGCACCGGUAAAUCCGGAAGAUAAAACGAAGGAAGAAGAUUCCAAAAUUGCUGUAGACACAGAUGAAGAAAUGGAAAUUGUUCAGAAUGAAUCUACAACACGAAAAUCGAUUGAAUCGAAACCUUUAGAUAACUCCAAAUUGGAAUCCUCCGUGACUGUUACAAGCGAAAAAAUAGAUGUAACAUGCGAGGAAAUAAUUAGUCUAGAUGAUGAAGAUAGUGAUAAUAAACAAAUACAGGAAACUCAAUCAGCGAAUAAAUCAGUCGAUGGAAAGAGCGAAAAUGAUACUACGUGUUUAGAAGAAAUGAAAAGCAGCUUUAUCGAUAUCAUCGUUGAAGAAAGUUCCCAAUCAGUUCAAAUUACAGAAGAAACCAGUGAUGAAAAAGUGGAACUAGUAAAAACUGAUUCAAAAUCGAAAAAAUCGUUAAAUAAAAGCGACUUUUUGUUGAACGAAAAGUCGGAGAAAUCGCCCAAAAAGAGUAAAAGUCCGAUUGGAAAAUUGAAGAAGUCAGUUGGUCAUAAUUCGCCAGUUCUGGAUCCAUCGACAAGUGCCAAAUUAGACGAUUUUAUAAGCAAAAAAUUGGCCGAUUUCGACCAAAGAUCGUCCUCUGAAGAAUCCGCGGAGCAUUCUGAAGAUGAGAACAGCUUUGUCGAUGAUAUGGCCCAAGAGGGCGAAGAAGAUACUCCUUCAGAAGACAGCAAUCAAAUAAUCGACGAAGGAGAAUCCAUCCACACGGAAUCCGAACCUGAAUCAAAUUUAGAUGAGUCCUACUCAGAUGAUUCCUUUAUAUGCAAAGAAGAAAACUUCGAAUUGUUGUCAGGAGAAGAAUACGAUUUAGGAAACAGCCCGAAAGAGAAGAAGAAAUCACGAAUAAUAAACGUUGAUGACAGAGAUGAAGAUAUCAUUGUUUUUGAGAAGACGCCGAAGCAACAACAAACGAAGAAAAAGUCCAGGAUUAUCGCGUACUCCGGAAAUUCAUCCAGCGACGAUGAAGAGCCGCCAAAAUCGGAGGAAAGUUCUAGCAAGAAAUCGACCCCUAACCGAUCUAUUACUGUACUGGAAAAUGUUAACGUUAAAGAUAUCAAAGAUGUCGAAAUAAUCGAGACAGUCGGCAAUAUAAUUAAGAAUUUGAGUACCACUUUACCCAACCAAGAGGUUACGAAGACUGAGGAGAUUACUAAUGAAGAAUCCGAAAUCCAAGAAGAGGAUAUGAACAUUGAAGAAAGCGAUUCGAAAGAGUCCAUUGAAGAAUCGGAUAUAGUUGCAGUGGAUGCUAAUUCUUCGGCUAAUCAAGAGGUUUCGUCGAAGAGGGCGAAGAGGAAACGUUCGGGGAGUCUAGCCGCACCAUCGAGGCAAUCCACCGAACCCGACGAAGUUCCAUCGAAAGGCGUCAAAAGGAAACGUUCGAUAGGCGAAAUUAAACCGGCCAAGCUACCUCGCUUAUCCGACGAACAAAGCGAAAAGAAAUCCACCAAGUCAAAACGCAACAAAAACAAGAAGGUGGCUGAAACGGCCACGGUCAGUAAGAAGAACAAGAAAUCCAAAUCGUCUCCCGGCCUCAAACAUUCCUUCGGUUUGAUGUCCCAGCUGCUCACCGACGUUAAAAACAGACCAAAGAGGCUAAUCAAGCCCAGCAAGAGCGCCGUUCCCGAGGGCUGGAAAGUGGAGGAUGUGCAGCGCAACAUCAAACCAUCGAAGUCUAUCGUAUAUUCGAAGGAAAUCGCCAAGAAAGCUUACCACGCGAGGGAUUUCAGAAGUCAAAUGCUAAACGACUCGUCUCGAAUUAAGAGAGUGAGUUCGAAGGUUAUGUUAAGGAAAAAGGGCGCCUAUGUUUAGUUGUUUCUUUGUUAAAUUUGUAUGAAAUAUGUUGCCUUAUUUUUUAUGUAUUAAUUAAAUUGAUUGAUUAAUA